CCCACCACUCGGUCCAGAUUUAGAUCCUGCAGCCUUUCCCAGACUAUCGGGGGCCCAGUUGGUUGAAUCGCCACAUCUUUCUCUUGUUCUUCACCACGUCUGGUCCAACACGGAGACCUGCUAACCUUCCCGAUGUACCCUGAGGACUGCGGAUUGAGGUAGUUGAUGUGGUUGCAGACCUGCUGCAGCGCACCUACACACACAUGGAGCCUCAUGCAGAGGUGCCGUUAUUUGAUAUGGAGCUGGACGAGGAUGAGAGGGGCGACGUCUUAGUGGCGACUGGAGUCGGGGCCACGCGUGCGGAGGCGGCGGCCCCCGAGCGGGACGCCUUCAUCUACAUGAACUUCAUGAAGCAUCACAGCUGCUACGACGCCAUCCCCACCAGCUCCAAGCUGGUGAUCUUUGACACGUCACUGCAGGUAAAGAAGGCUUUCUUUGCCCUGGUGGCCAACGGCGUGAGAGCUGCACCGCUAUGGGACAAUAAGCGCAAGUGUUUUGUUGGCAUGCUGACAAUCACAGACUUCAUCAACAUUCUCCAUCGUUAUUACAAGUCUCCUCUGGUUCAGAUCUACGAGCUGGAGGAACACAAGAUCGAGACGUGGCGAGAGAUCUAUCUCCAGUACUCCACCAACAGCCUCAUCAGCAUCGCCCCUGAGGCCAGCCUGUUUGAUGCCAUAUACUCGCUGCUGAAGAACAAGAUACACAGACUGCCCGUCAUCGACCCGGCGUCGGGAAACGUCCUCCACAUCCUGACGCACAAACGCAUCCUCAAGUUCCUUCACAUAUUUGGUUCCUCGAUUCCCAAGCCAUGGUUCCUGCAGAAGCAGAUCUGUCAGCUGGCCAUCGGGACCUUUAAAGAGAUUGCAACAGUGCCAGAAUGGGCGUCGGUCUAUGACGCUCUGAGCAUCUUUGUGGAGCGACGAGUGUCUGCCCUGCCUGUGGUCAACGAGCAAGGCAAAGUGGUGGCGCUGUACUCCAGAUUUGAUGUCAUUAACCUGGCAGCCCAGAAAAACUACAACAACUUGAACAUGACCAUGAAGGAGGCCAUCUCCUGCAGAGCCUGCUGGAUGGAGGGCGUACUCAAGUGUUACCCUCACGAAACUUUGGAGACCAUCAUUGACCGCAUCGCCAAGGCUGAGGUGCAUCGUUUGGUGCUGGUAGACACGGAGGAUGUGGUGAGGGGGAUCGUGUCUCUGUCAGACCUCCUCCAGGCGCUGGUCCUCACCCCCGCAGUCCCCGGGAUGUGUGGCCGGCCCUCUCCUCGCCUGCCUUCUGAUCAUCUCCUCCUUCGCACUUGUUUUCAUUCCCAAAUACUAGCAGGCCCGCAGCAGCAAGAGACUAUUUUCAAAAGACCCCCGCGCUAGUGGCUCAGUGUGUGCCCAAUCCUUCAGAAAAAAGUCCACAAUGUAAUCUCCUUCCAAACGUCCUCUGGCUCCCUCACAAUGUCACGCCUCCUCCAACACCCUCACCUGGCCAGACUUUUUUUUAAUUUUUACAAGUGACCAGAAAAGCCCCAAAUUGGAGACUUUUGAGCCGAGCACAGCUCACCAAUCCUUUUGGAUGAAAAGGAUGCGACGAAAAACUCUUGGGAAUUUAUUGGAAGUCUCCUGUCUGUAAUUCGUAAUAUUGUGUUAAUAUUAUAUGUGUCCAUUCAGUGACUUUGGAAACUCCGCGAUUCCUACAGAAAUGCUAUCUAUUUGUGGCAGUGCGGUGCAGGGAACCGAGGGUCGGGAUUGAUGGUGCAUCCUGUCAUUUGCAUAAUUGGCCGUGACGCAUGUGUUUAUCAUUUUUACCGACGCUUUGGGAGACAUAAACUAGCUUUUUUUGUUGCGUAUUUUUGUGUUAAUGUCACGAACAAGAUGGAGCCGCAUUUAGACAAAGGAGGAGCCACAGGAGCAGUGGCUGCUUUCUUUUGUGUGAAACAAAAGUGUCCAAUAAGGUCAGAAAAAGUUGCUAAAUUUGUCGCUAAUUGCUUUUUUUUUUUUUUUUUUACUGAAUCUUGAGGGUCGGAACACUCGUAAAAUAGUACAGCUAAGUUGCUGCUACGCCUGUUUAUUCUCUGGCUGAUCAGACGUGUAUGAGCUGUGUUCCGGAGCAGGGUUACGCUGCCAUCUUCUGCAUGGAGUUGUAACAACAAGCUACAUUCACCAAAGUCCCAUCAUAAUGUGUUUAUGGGCCAUGUAGUGAUUGUGUUUGAAAAUGAAUGUACGGAAAAGACCGAAACUAAUAUUGCUUAUGAAAAAUGUA